AUGCAGCACCUACGAUCACGCGGCGCCUGUUUCGCCGAUAUUCUCGCUGCGCGCCUCUCUACUCUGGUCUCCAGCACUUUCCCCGCAGCUUCCUACCAUGCAUCUGUCCACGUGUUCCCAUGCAUGGCUGAGGAACGCCAGAGCCAAAGGGCAGGCUCGGCAGCUGCAGCUGGUUCGGCAGCAGGCUCGGCAGCAACACCAGGUUCGGCACCAGCAGCAGGAGCAGGAACGGCAGUGUCAGCAGCGGGAGCGGCUGCAGGAUCAACAGCAGCAGCAGAGGCAGUCAGACAGAAUCUGAACAGGCUGCGCUACCGCAGCAGGCAGAGGGGGUUCUUAGAACUGGACCUGCUGCUGGGCAAGUGGGUGGAGCAGCACCUGCCGUCCCUGGACCCGCCUCACUUGACAGCACUUGCCCGCCUCAUGGACGAGGUGUAUGUCUCCAUUCGCAGCAAGGUAGACGAGAGGCUGCAUCGUAUGCACCCAGCAGUGAAGGCCGAGCCUGGCCUGCCGUGGGUGAGGGGGUGGGAGGACAUGCAGAGGCAACCGGGCACACCCCCUGCUGGCAACCAGUAG